AUGACAAGCACUGGACCGUCGACUGCCUCUCUGGAGGAAUUACAGUCCGACGAACAACGUCACGUCCUCGACACCAUUGGCCAAAUCCGAAUGUGUGGUUUGGAUGCCGUCCUUUCUCUUCCACAGCUUGUUGUGUGCGGCGAUCAAUCAUCCGGCAAGAGUUCCGUGCUCGAGGCAUUAACGGGAAUCCCUUUCCCUCGCAGCGACAACCUGUGCACACGGUUCGCGACCGAGAUUACUCUUCGUCGUGGGCCGCUCGAAACGGUUCGUUUGCGUAUCAUUCCCGACUCUGCGCGACCAUCCGCGGAGCAGACAGCAAUCUCCUCCUUUUCGGAAAUGAUUCAGGACCUCGCUGAGCUACCUGCGGUCACAGAAGCGGCAAAGCUGACGAUGGGACUGAAUACACCGACGGAUUCGAAGCGAGCGUUCGCUCAGGAUGUCCUGAGUAUCGAGAUUGAAGGACCUCACCGACCUCAUCUGACACUAGUUGAUGUCCCUGGCCUAAUCCAGACCGAUACCAAGGGCGUAACCAAACACGAUCUCGAUAUGGUCAGAAAGAUCACCGACUCCUAUAUCGAGCAACCCCGAACGAUUUGCUUGGCUGUCGUUUCCGGUGCUAACGACUACGCAAAUCAGGGCAUCCUUACCAGGGUGCGAGAAGUCGAUCCCGAGGGAGAGCGGACUCUCGGCAUCAUCACGAAGCCAGAUCAGCUUCCUCCUGGAUCUGGCAGCGAAGCAGCCUUUUUAAGUCUUGCUCGGAAUGAGGACAUCUUCUUCAAACUUGGCUGGCAUGUGGUCAAGAAUCGAAAAUUUGAGGAGUCUCAUUACUCACUUCGCGAGCGGCACGCUUCCGAAGACUCCUACUUUCGGAGCUCAAACUUCAAAGAACUUCCGGCCGACUCUCGUGGAGUCGACGCGCUUCGAUCGCGACUCAGCCGUCUCCUCUUUGAUCAUGUGAAGCGCGAGCUGCCCAGCCUGCGUAAAGAUCUUCAAGUUGCCCUAUCGGAGACGAUUUCGCAACUUGACAGCCUUGGCUCGCAGCGAGUAACAUCUCAAGAGUGCAGACAUUACCUUACUGACCUCAGUUUGACUUGCAUGGGCAUUACGAGCGACGCUAUCCGCGGCCACUAUGAGGGCGACUUUUUCGUCGUGGUGGGUGAAGAUGAUUUCGAAGUCGAUUUCGAAGUCGAUUCCUCGUCGUGUCUCCGUCGGCUUCGUGCCGUGAUUCAACUCGCCAACAACCAAUUUGCGACAAGGCUGCGCACGGAAGGAGCAAAAUACGAAAUCGGAAAUGGCAGGUUCGUGGGCAAGACAGACGUCUCCCAGUCUAACAACGACAUGCCCAGCUCUCCGGUUGUACUCUCCCUGGCGGAGGGUCGAGCUUGGGUCAACCGCGUCCUUCUUCGGUCGCGAGGUCGAGAGCCCAUGGGCAACUACAAUCCCCUUGUCAUCGGCGAGCUGUUCUGGGAGCAGUCUUCCAAAUGGAAAGACGUGGCUCAGCAGCAUUUAUGGGUGGUGUCUGCUGCCUGUCAGAUGUUCUUUGACACCCUGCUACGGGAGAAGUGCGCCCGAGAUGUGUACACUCGUCUGUCCGUGACCAAGGUGUCCGAAGUGUUGAAGGACCGAGAGCAGAGAGCGCACGAAGAGCUGGACCGGCUCCUUGUUGAUAAACAAGACUUUCCCAUUAUUCACGACCCUGCGUACGCAAAACGACUACAGGAGGCGCGAAGGGAAAGAACCGAGGUUGACCUGGCAGCAUCUGUGGAGGCUGCUACCACACGUAAGCGGCUGGAUGCGUGUCAGUCCGAUCACACAUCUGCCAAAGUUGACGUUGCAGCAGCGGUUCGUAACUACGGCGAUAAAGUUGAGCAUGAUUUGGAGCAAUACAGCUGUGAUGAUGUCCUGGACAGCCUGCUCUCUAUUUACGCUGCGCAACAACAAACGUUUGUGGCGAAUGUCGUUGCACAGGUGGUAGAGAGGCAUCUGGUACGCGGACUUGACAAAGUCUUUUCUCCUCUCGACAUUAUCGGCAUGACCGACGGUGAGGUAAUGAGUGUGGCGGCUGAGCCGGAGUCAGUAAAACGCAAAAGACAAAUCUACCUCGACCGCCAGAGGAAAUUGAGACAGGGCGAAUCUAUCUUCCAGAAGGUCGUAGGAAGUAUGUUCUGA